GCCAUCAUUUUAUAUUUGAAUUGAUUGGGAUUAUAAAUACAGCAUUACAUGAAAGUGUUAAUGUAAGAAAUGAAGUGAUAAUUCAGAGCGGAUUUCGAAAUUACAAUGCGUGGGAAGGCCAUUGAUCACAUAAAUUAUAUUUAAACUUCCAUUGUACACACAUGUCGGCUGUUUUCUCCAUGUUUUCCUGGAUUUAGUGUUUUUCUCGAAAAUGAAAUUGUGCUAAGACAAGGAGAAUACUGUAAACCCGUGUAUUUGUUUUCCGUUCUUAAAACACUACAUGUGUAACAACUCUUUUGUAGGGUAAAAAAAUCGGAUAUGGAACCCGUAAGUGUUCAACGCAAAGGCAAGAAAAGAGAGAAAUACACUUGUUCACACGAACCUCUGGAGUUCCCCUCGUGUCGUGUGUGUGGGAAGAAAUCCACGGGAAUCCAUUUUGGGGUGUACAGUUGUGAAGCAUGCAAGACUUUCUUCCGUCGAAGUUUCUUAAGAAGUACCCCUUACAAAUGUGACAAAGGGGGAGAUUGUUUGAUCAACGCCGAAAAACAAAACGGAUCUAGGCCAUGUCCAGCAUGCCGACUGGUAAAAUGUUUGGAUUUGGGAAUGUCAAAAGAUGGUGUAAAACAGGGUCGUUAUACGAUGACACAAAGGACCAGUGUUAUACUGGAAGUUCAGAAACUUCGAGAUCAGACCUCGAAUAGAUUGGCAACUGACCCAGAAAACACGCACCCGGGCAUUCAAGGGGACCGCCAAAUAAACGAUGGAUGCGAGUUGGACUGCAAUAUAUUUCAUCAAGAUUCUCAAGAUGAUGGAACACUUUCAGAAACGUCGGGAGGAUCUUGCGCUAUUCAUUCUUCAUCUAGUUCAGCAAAUUCACCUCAUAUUCAGGAUAAAGAAAUCGUGGAACUUGCACAGGAAGUAGGACGGACCUCUAUAAUCAUAGGCGAAGAAUCCACAAAAGAGAGUGGUGUCCCUUGUUUAGACAAAUCGGAGGAUAUUCUCCAGAGAAUAAUGACUGGUUACGGGUAUUUGGAACAUUUUACAAAAUCUAUGACAGACGAAGAGAUUCAGGACAUUUUAGAUAAAGAAUGGAUGAAACAUACUGAUAAAACAAAACUGUUUGGAAAAUUAGAAUAUCUGCCAACGGAUCAGUAUAACGACAUUUAUGAAAAAACACAGUUAGAUGUAGACGGCAGAAAGAAAUUGCUCUCAGAAGCGAAAUAUGAAUUCAUGAAGAUGGCUAACGACUACGUAAAGUUCUGCAAGAACAUUCCAUUCUUCUCGGGGCUAAGUCUGGAAGAUCAGAAAGCUCUAUUAAAAUGUUCCCAUUUCGAGUUUUUUACCAUUUUGCAACACAAAGGUAUGAAUACAGAAAAGGAGAUGUGCAUUUCGUAUACCGGAAAGGUGCUGCCUCUGAGUGAGACAUGUCCCUAUACAAGUAAGGAAACACUGCUAAGCUGGGCGGAAUUCUCGGAAGACGUGUCCAAGCUUCAGCUCAGUCCGGAAGAAUUUGCUUUAAUGCUGGGUAUUUGUGUUACAUUUAGAGACAGGUGCCAGCUAGAUCAUCCAGAUGAUGUUGAAAACAUUCAGAAACAACUUUUGGAGACUCUUGAGUUUACGUUAUCCAAAUCCCAUUAUGAGAAUAAAGGACGCCGUCUGGCCAAACUGUUAGACCUGUUUGUGCGCCUGCGCGUGAUUGGGGAUGAGUACCUUGAAUUAUACAAAGUCAUAUGCCAGGACCCAAUCAUGCGGGAAAACCUCCCAGAGUUCCUUAUUUAUUUGUAAUCAGUGUCGACAUUUUACAGCAAAGUUAUUUUGAAAUAUAUUGUACAGUAGAUAACGAUAACAUGUUUAGGUUAAUAAAGCAGAUAAAUGCACACUACCCAUAUCGUUUC